ACAACAACUCUCUGUUUCCAUGACAACCUCCUAAAUCUCACCUCACCCUACCCGCGCAAAUCCUUCCCUCCCUCUCUCUCCCUCCAUCCAAAAAUCCAACGGUCACUUUUUUCAGUCCACUCUCUGCAACUGGAGGAGCAACUUCUUCUUGUCAAGUAAAAUUAUGGAAUUUCCAUAGCAACAACAAUUUUUAAACAAUGAGUGAAGAAGUGUUUUUAGUGAAUUGGAUCCCCGAAGAGGAAAUUGUUGUCAUGGAAACGACGGAAGAAAAACCCGUUGUCAUAACAACCACGAAACCAAAGAAAAAACAACAGAAAAAAAUAAAUCGUGGGAGGUGGUCACGGGAUGAGGAUGAAAAGUUGAAAAGUUUAAUAUUAACCUCUUCGACGUCGGUGGUGGGGAAUCCGAAUUUUUCACAAAUUUCUUUGGAGUUUCCGGAUCGGUCGGAGAUGCAGUGCGCCACGCGAUGGUGGAAAGUCCUGUCCCCCUCGUUGAUAAAAGGCCAGUGGACCCCAGAGGAGGAUUCUUUAGUGAUUUCUUUAGUGGAGAAACAUGGGGCCAAGAAAUGGACACUCAUCGCGAGGCAUUUGAACGGGAGGAUUGGGAAGCAGUGCAGGGAGAGAUGGCACAACCACCUGAACCCUGACAUAAACAAGCGUCCCUGGACGAAAGAAGAGGACGAAAUAAUCCUCAACGCCCACAACAAACUAGGGAACCAGUGGAGUCGGAUCGCUAAAUUUCUCACGGGCAGGACGGACAAUGCCAUCAAAAAUCACUGGAACAGCACGAUUAAGAGGAGGGUGCUGGGGGGGAGUGGGGGAGGUGGGGGGACUACAAGAGCCAAGGGCCGCCCACCCGGAAGGAAAAACAAAAAACAAGACCUGACGCAAGUGGUUAAUCCAGAGCCUCAGUUUUUGGACUCGGGGUUCUUCGAUGAGGAGUUUUCAGCGCAGAUCCACUCUACCCCAUACCCCUCAUCAUCCACGAGCACCUCCACAAACUGGCUCCUCUCGCCCCUCCACCCCUCCCCCAUUAACCCAAUAAACACCAACCCAUCCACCAGCCAACACUUCCUCAUGUCCACCCCUCCCCACCCUCCUCACCAUCAUCAAAAUUCCAACUCCUCCACACCAACUCCCCUGCGUCUCGCUUUAUCCUCACUCUCCUCUCUCUUAGCAUCGCACCCCAACUCGCCCCCAAAGUUAGAAGACCUCGCGGACAUCCUCUCCAACACGAACACCCCUUCGGUGGAAACCCCCUCGCGCUCUUUAAACAUCAAAACGGAGGAUUUCUCCGACGUUGAGAACUAUUUUGACUUUAAAACUCCGACGAGAUACGAUUCUUCCCCGUUUACGGACAAAAAGGUUAAAAAGGCGAAGAAAAGGAUCGCUUUUUCGCCGCUGAAGGAGAAGAAUUGUCAAAUUGGUGGUGGGGAAAAAAUUGAAAAGAAAUUUUGGGGCGAGGAUUUUGAUGCUAUUCAGUUUUUUAAUUGAUUGAUUUUAAUGGUGGUUAUUUUUGUACAGAUUUUUAAUUGUUUUUUUGGUGGGGGAAUAAAUAAAUAAAAUUUGUCAUGACAA